AAACCAUGUCUACUGAAUUAUAUAUUUCUCUGUGGUUAUUUUACAGAUGAUCUCUACAACAAAUAUGUGUUCCUGGAGCACUUAUUAAACAGAGACUUCAUUUUCCAUCCUGGUCAUACAAAGCUGGACUUUGAACACUCCCUCCUAACCCUCACACACAACUGUGGUGUUGUGAUCAAAGACGAUGCUAUUCUAAUAAAAUCUUCCACCAACAAGUACACAACAUUCUUCAGCCAGAUGUUUGAGCCAUUCCUGCUCGGAUACUGGAUCAUGUGCCGGUGUCUUUUAUCAUUACACACUGAUGUUCAUGGUAAACCUAAGGCCAAGACUCCCAAAGUAAUCGCUAAGGAGGCCCAGAUGUUGAGCGCCAGACUUCUGAGGGAAGGGGCUGUCAAACACUUAGAGGUUCUCUCCCUUGAUAUCCUUAACAACGGGCUCCAUGCCCUCUUCCACAUGAACGCAGUGUCAAAGGAGAAGAGAGAUGGGCAGGCCUAUAUGUAUCCCAAUACCAUAGUUCUUACCAACGUCUGCGAACAACUAGAAAAAUUCCUUGAUGUUCCACAAAUUCCCAUGACAAGUAUCCUGGUAGAAUCUAAAACAGUGGUGAUCAAUGCAAAAUUAUAGACAUGGGCAGAGCCAACUUAGUAACAGACUUUUUACAGUGGAUGGAAAGAAUACAGCUGAAAUGUGAGAUUCUUGUGUCCAGCGAAGGCAGUUGACAGAAAUGUGUCAAAAAAAGACAAGUGGCAUGUUCUGUUUAAAAGUGAUAAUGUUUCUGUUUUUUUUUUAAGUUUGUUAAUUACUCACUAGUUGCGCCAGAGGCAAGAAUCAGUUACCAGUUAGGCUGUCCGUCUUUCACCUUAUCUGGGUCCUGUCAAGUAUUCUUUCAUCUACAACUGCCAAAUAUAUAUGAUGGAGUAUUACUAUGCAUAUAUAGUGAAGUAACAUUAGUUGGAAUGAUCCACUUUAUUUAGAGAUAAAGCUUUUUGUUCGCUAUGCUACAUUUUCUGGAGUAUAACUGGUUUAUUUUGUCAUCUAGAGUUGUCAGAUUUGUAUUUGAGGACUCCAUUUGAUCGCAGGGCAUCAUGUUAUCAAGUUGUGUUCAUAUGUUGCACUAUUUACAGAUUAGAUGAAUUGAUGGUGCUGAUGUUUGACCAUUUGGUGGGUUAGGGUAUUAUUUUCUUCAAAUACUCUACCUUGUUAUAGGCCAAUAAAUGUUUUAUUGAACUGCUAUAAUUUUCUUUAUCAAUUUAUUAAUGAUACAGUGUAUAACUACAUGUGCAUGUAUCAAUAUGACAACUGACAAUGAUAUAGCGAUUAAGAACUUGUAACAAUAUGAUCAGUUUGAUAAUGAUGUGAUAACUGUAAUUACCGUACAUACCUAGCCAACUUUUAUAUAAUGUGCACUGUAUUAACACAGGCAUCUGCUUCUGGUAAGUAUUAAUGGAAAAGAUAUCAGACCCUACUCAUACUACAUCAACAAGGUGUAACACUUGAAAAAUCAGAAGUGGGGGUGAACUUCAAUUCACUUUCAAUUUAAGUUAAAUCCGGUAAAGAUAUCAAAUGCAUGUAAACUUCAGUAAGGUACCUUGGUUUAGAUUCCUUAAAUAUCAAUGCACAUGCUAUUCUUUUGUCAGAAUUAUUCUGUAUAUUUUAGAGUUGAAUGCAGGGGAGCAAUCUGAUUGGUUGACAGCUCUAUAAACAAUGCAAACUAAAAUUGUCCUCCCUUCAAGUCUACUUCCAUUCCACAGUCGAUGCAUCGUAGAUCUUCAAGUGUUACAAGUUGUUGAAAUAGUAUGAGUAGAGUCUAAUUUUUUUUUUUAUUAAUACUAACCAGAAGCAGAUGCAUAUGGUAUUAAUAACAAAUUUAGCAAACCUAUAAAUAUUACAAAAGGUUUUAUUUCAUCAUUUCUUCUUAUCAUUCCUUGAAAUAGCCAUGAAUAAUAUUGGUGACAAAAACGUUUCUCCAGUAGAUAUAUUGUAUAAAUUGGUUUCUGAAAUUUGUAUUUAUUUAUAAAAAAAUAUAUAUAAAAAACAAUGAUGCUUAGGGAAAAGUGGCCUGUGCAAUUCGAUUAUGAAUUAUGUGUCAUUAUCUAUAAUGAACAUUUUAUAUUGUUUAUAAUCCAUUGUCUUCAUUUGACUUUGGUAUGAUCGUGUUACAAUCGAGAUAUAUGAACAUACCCAGGUAUUUGUAUUUGACAAAUUUUUCAUGUUGCAACCCACAUUUUAUAAUUUGAUUGCGAUUUGUAAUGCAGCUGCCUUUGUCUUUUCCAGUGAGAUAUACAUAUGUAUUGUUUUAGUGUAAGAGUCUGUUAAGUGUAUCUCUAUAUGUACUGCAGUUUUGAAGAAUGUGUAACUUUUUUUUUUAAUGGAAUGAAUGGAAUACUGCUCAGAGUCCUGUGGCUUAUGUGUCGUGAAAGUGAGCAUAGUAAUUAUAAUAUAUUUUUGAAGGACUUAGAUAGUUCUUGGUCAAGAUGUUGCACUAAAUUAAAACAAUGUACAUAUAUAAGUGUUAGUAUAUUGUAUGUAUGUACACAAAUUCUAUGUUUUGUCUCCAAUCUAUAUAUCAGAUUGAAUUUUCAUUAUACACUUUGUAUCUUGAAUGCUACAAAGGUAUGUACAAUUUAAUUGUUUCGAUAUAUAUUUCCUGGAACUUGGAAACCUGUUACAAUCAAAUAUGAACUUAAAAGUGAUAAUGAAUCAUUGAUAUUACGUGUAUGAUAUACAGCAUGAAAGAGUUCUGAUUGUCUUGUUACUGGAAAAUUACAUGCCUGUAUAAGAGAACUGCUUUGUGAUCUUAUUUUCUACACCUAAAGCAAUUCUGUCAAAAUAAAUCUUCUGAGACAGUGAUAACUAGUCUACAGUUUACCAGCGUGAUACCAGAUUACCUAUACAACAUUCCUGAUAUAACAUAUGGUCCGCCACCUAGCAUUAUAGUCAAUAUCUAUUAUCUGCUCAAUUCAUACACUAGAAUAUUGCAAAACUUGUCUCAAUAUGGAAGUACUGUUUGUCCUUAUAAAAAUAUGAUAGAAACUUGUAUUAAGCAAUCACCCAACCAGUACAACUGUUUAUGUAUGAAAUCUGGAAAGGAAAUCCCUGUUUGAUAUAGAAGGGUUUUAAUUGUAUGCUUCCUAUGUUUUAUUUGAACAAUUUCGUUCACUGUUUUUAAAUAUAUUAUAGAUAGCAAGUCCCAAGACACAAUAAUGUCCUAUUUUUACAUACAGUAUGACGGAAACAUGAGUUGUGUGAUAGUGUACAUGGUAACAAGGCUAUUGUUGCUGUUUUUGAGGUGUGUAUACUGUGAGAGAUUAUUACAGUACAUGAUAAUUAAGAUGUAUGUGUUUAUAGGUAUAUAAUCCAAUGAAUCAAUAUACCUUGCAAUAAUUUUAGAUUAUGAUGAUAAUAAAAUAUUACAAUGUU